AUGGUGCAAACUGCACGGUGGGCGGGGACGCCCUCGAUUAAGGGGAAGUCCGAGUCGACGCGCAUGGCGCUGUUGACGUUCAGUUUGGUCGGAUUGCAAUUCACUUGGGGCACAGAGAUGACUUAUUGUACGCCGUAUCUUCUUCAACUUGGCCUGACGAAAUCGAAGACUUCGCUGGUUUGGAUCGCGGGCCCUUUGUCUGGUCUGAUUAUCCAGCCACUUAUUGGCGUGAUUGCGGAUCGGUCACGGUCAAAAUGGGGGAGACGGAGACCCUUUAUGAUCUUUGGGUCGUUCGUGGUGGCUUUUUGCUUGAUCAUCCUGGGAUGGACUGCUGAAAUUGUUGGCAUGUUCGUGAAAGAACCAGAGAAGGCCAAAAACGUUACUAUCGCGUUGGCGGUCUCGAGUAUCUACGCGGUCGACUUUUCGAUCAACGUUGUACAAGCAUGCUGCCGCAGUCUCAUCGUGGAUACAUUGCCGAUUCCUUUACAACAAGCGGGAUCUGCCUGGGCUGGUCGGAUGUCUGCCAUUGGUCAGUUGAUUGCCUAUGUAGUUGGCGCGGUCGACACAGUGAGCAUUUUUGGAAGCUUGCUGGGCGACACCCAGUUUAAGCAAAUGACGGUGAUUGCGGCCAUGUCAUUGAUCUUUGCCGUCGCGGUUACUUCAUAUUCUGUGAAGGAGCGAGUUCUGAUCUCCGCAAGAGAUUCCGAUGGGAAAGCGGGCGCCAUCCAGGUGAUCCAGCAGCUGUUCAAAUCGACGAUGGAACUCCCGCCGCGCAUCCAGGCAAUUUGCUGGGCCCAGUUUUGGGCGUGGAUUGGAUGGUUCCCGUUUCUUUUCUACAGCACCACCUGGGUCGGCGAGACCUACUUUCGAUAUGAGGUGCCGAAAGAUGAACUGUCUAAGACGACCGAUAUGCUGGGCGAAGUCGGCCGAGUUGGUAGUUUGUCACUGACUGUCUUCUCAUCGAUUACCUUCUUGAGCUCAGUUCUGCUUCCGUUCUGCGUGCAACCACCUGACACGAAACGAUCGCGCUUCACACCUCGCCCACCUCCCGGCGUGGCGGCCGUACUGAAGGCUAUCACUGCGAUUCGACCGGACCUGCAAACGGCCUGGCUGAUCUCUCAGAUCAUGUUUGCCGCGACCAUGAUCUUCGCUCCCCUCGCACAUUCGCGCGGGUUCGCGACUUUCCUCGUUGCCGUGUGUGGUAUUCCCUGGGCCAUCAGCGGCUGGGCUCCAUUCGCAUUUAUGGGAGUGGAGAUCAACAAGCUGACGAUGAACGGCAACAAUGCUGCGGCCAUGGCAGCUCAAACCGCCCGCGCUGGUGGUGUGACUAUGAUUACCUCCGCCAGUAUGCGUGCUAGUGCACCAGACACUGAACUCGAAGUCCUGCGAUUGAACCAUAACGACUCCGACAGCGAUGCAGAUGAGGAGGAUCCAUCUUCCAACAUCCCAUCGACUGGCGAGCUGGCUGGGAUUUAUCUGGGUGUACUCAACGUAUACACCACACUCCCGCAAUUCGUUGGUACCUUCAUCAGCUGGAUCGUCUUCACACUUUUGGAGCCGGGCACCAAACCCAACAAGGACAGUGAUGCGACAGACACCCAGUGGAUGAAUCUGGACAAAGACAAGCCCAACGCCAUUUCCAUUUGCCUAUUUCUCGGCGCAAUCAGUGCACUCGUGGCAGCCGAGGCGACUCGGCGACUGCGAUAUGUCCGAUGA